AUAUCGCAGGAUCGAUGUCGGUCGUCGGAAGUUCAAGUGUAACUGCAUGACUUUUGAAGAGUUGUGUGGUUGUUACAACUUUGUUUUUUUAAAGUAGUAAUUUUUUUUUAACAUGGCCGGACUAAUCAAGUGCAUUGCGACAAGGAUUCUGCUCUCUAAUUCUACGAAAUCAAAUGUGAUUUCUUCAGUGUUCAGCCGCAAUAUACAACUGGGUGCUACUAGUUUUGCACCAAAAGUUCAGGCGCCAGCUCCAGAUUUUCGUGGAACAGCUGUUGUAAACAGCUCUUUUGAAGAAAUAAAAUUGGCUGAUUACAAAGGAAAAUAUCUUGUACUUUUCUUCUACCCACUCGAUUUCACAUUUGUAUGUCCAACAGAAAUCAUAGCUUUCAAUGAAAGGAUACAAGAAUUCAAAUCACUGAAUACUGAAGUCAUAGGUGUAUCAACAGAUUCACAUUUUAGUCAUCUAGCUUGGAUUAAUACACCACGAAAGGCAGGAGGUUUAGGAUCGUUAAACUUCCCACUACUGUCAGAUUUCAACAAGAUUAUCUCCCGUGAUUAUGGAGUGUUGGUUGAAUCUGAGGGUGUUGCACUAAGAGGACUGUUCAUUAUUGACCCACAGGGCAUCCUCAGGCAGAUUACAAUAAAUGAUCUUCCUGUUGGCCGCAGUGUUGAUGAGACUUUGAGGCUGAUAAAGGCAUUCCAGUUUGUUGAGAAGCAUGGUGAAGUCUGCCCUGCUAAUUGGAAACCUGAUUCACCAACCAUCAAACCUGACCCUGUUGGUUCAAGGAAGUACUUUGAAAAAGUUAAUUAGAAAUGGAAACAUCACAACAGGAAUACAUUUUGUAAGCUUUGUCCAAAAGUGGUCAAACAUCCUGAUUUGCGGGAUUAUUUUCUCAAUGGGUGCUACUUGCCAACAUAUGUUGUGAUGAAUAUAAACUUUUACGAAAUGUUGAUACAGUUGUUGAUAUGUUUUGAUUGUUUUUAAUUAGUAAAGAAAUGUGCUCACUGUUUGUA